AUGGAAUCAAUGUCAUUCGAUUGGUAAAGUCCAAUCGAGUAAUCUCAUCCACCUGCUUAAAUAGAAGAAGUGAAAGAUCAUCCCUAUGAAUAUGAUGUCUUCGUGAUUGGUGGAGGUUCUGGUGGUAUUUCAGCUGCAAGGUGGGCUUCCACUCUCGGAAAGAAAGUAGCCCUAGCAGAUUUUGUAAAGCCAUCACCAAUCGGCUCAACUUGGGGACUUGGAGGUACCUGCGUUAAUGUAGGAUGUAUCCCUAAGAAACUUAUGCAUUAUGCAGGUAUUCUAAAUGAAGCAAAGGAAGACUAAGAAUUUGCUGGUAUUCAUGUUGAAAAGUAAGCUCCACAUAAUUGGUAGAAGAUGGUUUAGAGUGUUCAGAAGCACAUUAAAAGUCUGAAUUGGGGAUACAAAGCUGAUCUUAUCAAGCUUAAGAUCAAGUAUUUCAACUCAUAUGCUUCUUUCUUAGAUCCUCAUACUAUACUUCUUGAUAAUGGAAAGACUUAAUCAUAAGUUACAGCAGAUAAAAUCGUGAUAGCUGUUGGUGGUAGGCCAUCUUAUCCCGGUAUCCCAGGAGACAAAGAAUUCGGUAUCACAAGUGAUGAUAUCUUUUCCUUGAAAAAUCCUCCUGGCAAGACUUUAGUUGUUGGAGCAUCUUAUGUUGCUCUUGAAUGUGCUGGUUUCUUGACUGCUUUAGGCUAUGAUACUAAUGUUAUGGUCAGAUCUAUUCUUUUAAGAGGUUUUGAUCAGGAUAUGGCUAAUAGAAUCGGACAGUAUAUGGAAAAUCAUGGAACGAAUUUCAUCAAGGGAGCAAUUCCAACAAAGCUUGAGAAACCUGACCCAAAUGGUAGAGUAAUUGUGACAUAUGAAUAAGAAGGAGAAUUAAAGCAAGAGCAGUAUGACACAGUACUGUUUGCUAUUGGAAGAUAUGCACUUACAUAAGGAUUAAAUCUUGAUAGAGCUGGUGUAAAGUCUGAGACAAACCAUAAAUUCAAGGUCAACGAUGUAGAACAAACAAAUAUUCCACAUAUAUAUGGUAUCGGAGAUGUUAUAUAUGGACAAUUAGAGUUGACACCAGUUGCUAUUAAGGCUGGUAAGCUUCUAGCUUAUAGACUCUAUGGUGGAAAAACUGAAAAGAUGGAUUACAUUAAUGUUCCAACAACAGUAUUCACACCUCUAGAGUAUGGAUCAUGCGGUUAUAGUGAAGAAGAUGCAAAAAAUAAAUUCGGAGCAGAAAAUAUAUCUACUUAUCAUACUGAAUUUCGACCACUUGAAUGGGCUUAUAACAAAGGCAGACCUGAAGGUGAAUGCUAUGUAAAAGUCUUAGUCAAUAAAUUAGAUGAUGAAAGAGUAGUUGGUUUCCAUAUUUGUGCACCAAACGCAGGAGAAAUUACACAAGGUUUAGGUAUCGCAAUGAAAUGUGGAGUCACCAAGGAAUAACUGGAUUCAUGUGUUGGCAUUCAUCCAACAAUAGCAGAAGAUUGUAUUGGGCUUAAAUUCACAAAGGAGGAGAAUCCAGAUGCUUCUAAAGGAGGAUGCUGA